UCACUGACAUUUACUUUCUUAUUUGCUAUUAAUUUAUAGUUGGCAAAAGUAAGCUUGACAUUUGAAUUUAUCUACGCUCUUGACGUAGUUUGUCGGAACAGAGUAAGUGAUGACAAAGCAACUUUCGGGUUGCAGACAGUGCAGUGUUAAUACUGUGGGUGUGGACAGCUUGGCAGGAAAGCGAUACAAAAACUAGACUGUUAGCCGGGUCGGGUGUUUGUUGCAGACAGGACAUUUUUUGGGGGGGUGAGUACAGUUGCUGUUUAUAGUUGGACUUCAACUGUAGAUCUCAGGGGUCUUCCUCUCUUCCAUAUCAACAAAUAUCAGCUUGAAGAGGAAGGGCAGUUAUAAAAGCUCUGAUCCGGGACUGUUCUGAAAGUAACGUGCUAAGAGCUUCAAAAGGAAUAUAAAGAUGAUUGGUUCAUGCCAUAUGAAGGUGAAUUGGAUUCGGCAAGCAUAAUCAAGACCUCCAGACGACCUUCUUUCCAAAUACAAACCUCUCACUGCACUAUGAGGAUCGUUAUUGAUUGUAGUCAUGUUUUGAGUUAGUUUCUACCAUGCCUGCUGAGGAUUUUGGUCCAGGUCGGGGUGAAAAGAGAAGGCUACCCUGGCUGUUUCUGGUGCUGGUUGUUGCUGCCGUCACCACCUCCUCCCUGUCUGUGAUCUCCUUGUACCAUGUGCUGGCCUUGAAGGCCGAGGUGGAGGGUUUGAGGGCCGAGGUGUUCCGCAAAAGAGAGGAGAAAAGCGGAACGCUGGAAGAAUCCAUGAAGGGGGCAGAAAAACAAACCCAUCAGCAGGAACAAGAAGACAUCAAUGGCAGAAUUGAGUAUAUGCAGCAGACUGAGAUACAUGAGACCACAACAGACCAUACUGGCAUGUCAAAAAGGAGUGUGGGGCAUGUCUCAAACAAAGCAGAAUCCCAAGCCUUCUUACAGAUGAUGGCAGACAACAGGAAGAAAACCUUCCAGAAAGAGUUUGCUUUGGAAUUAAGCACAGCUAUCCCAUGGCACGUCGGCCUAAAGCGCGGCUCUGCUCUGGAGGAAGAUCAGGACACCAUUUUAGUCAAAGAGGAAGGAUUCUUCUUUAUCUAUAGUCAGCUUUGCUUUUCCCAGGUCUACUAUACAGACUCGACGUUCGCUAUGGGCCACAUUGUGAUUCGUAUAAAGAAAAAUGUUGUUGGAGACGAGAGUCAGCACGUCGUUUUGUUCCGCUGUAUUCAGAGCAUGAAUCGAGUCAAUCACUUCAACACCUGCUACACUGGAGGUGUAGUGAAACUGGACUCUGGGGACAGACUGGAACUUCUGAUACCUCGUACCCAUGCUAAUAUCUCUCUGGAUGGGGAUUCCACCUUCUUUGGAGCAAUAAAACUGGCCUGACUAUGGGACAGGACUUUGGAUCAGACACUGAACGAGACUGGAUGUUAUCCAUUUAUGGAAUUGCCAUUGACAUUCACUGGACUUCACGAAUACAAAAGCUGCUCUAUGCUCUGGAGUAUUCUUGAAACUUUCUUCAUAAAGCUACAUUGUAUCUAGUAUAAACAUUCAUCAUGCUUGUUUUUUAUAUCUCACCUCACCUCCUUCAUCAGACGUGCGCAAAAUUGGCUGUAUUUAAGUUUUUUUGUGUCAACAUUCAUGAUUCAUCAGUCUUCAUAAUCUUCUAUGAAAAUGUAAUAAUAACCUAUGAAAUGGCUUUUAUAUUGUGUCUUUUCAAGUGUCAAACUUUUCAAGUGUCAAAUUCCACCUGAUACCAUUUUUCACAAUCCAAUCGAUUCCAGAUGGAUAAAAUGAAGUCCAGCUCAGACUUUUUUUUACUCGGUAAAUAUACUAUUUGACUCUACAAUGUGUUGUGAACACCAUUUCAUGUCGAUUUUAAUGUCCUGCUUGGCUUUGUGAAUGGACACAUACACACACCUAUAAUAUUAUUUCUUUUUAUAACCAAAUAUUUUAAAAUAAUAUUUAAAAUAUUAUUUUAACAAAGCACUUUUCCUGUUAUAACAUAAUAGUAUGCUUUCAUACAUUACAGUCGUAACUGCACACGUUACUUCCAAGAUUGUACCAGCAGAUGGAGACAUUAUCUCACUGGAAGAUAAGAGCUUUGGAAAGUACUUUCUGUUCGUUGGUUAUAUUAUAGUGGUUAUAUAUGCUUUCAGUGUAUGACUUUGUCAGCCACAUAUAAGGAAAAAAAAAAUCUUCAUAGUGUCACAUCUAAAUAGCUCGCCAGAUCCGCUGUCAGACAUGGAGUUGAUUGCUUUGCUUAGCUUCAUACAUGACACACGUUCAUGUUAAUGAGCUUCAUUGAGAAUGGUCUUGAAUAUUGCCAAUAUUAUGUCCUGCCAUUAGAGGGCACAUGUUUCCAAGACAUUUAUUUUUUAUUUCUCUUUAUGAGACACUGCCGAGAUGAAGAUGACCACUUUCUCAUAAAUCAAGGUUCAAUAAUGGAAGCGUCAUGUGUAUAUUUUGCAGUCUUUUGUGUUAGAUUGUUAUGUGCCCAUUUACCAGAGAACAACUAAAAACGGAACUUAAAGCAGAAUGCAUUUGA